GCGGCCAGUGACCCUGAGAGGUUGCCGUCGCGCAGUGCGCACACAAGUCUUUGCGCGUGCGCAAGCGCUCGGCGCAGAGGCCUGCCGGAAGCCAAGAUGGCGUACAAGUGGUCGCCAGGCCGCAGUUGGCGCCUAGUCAGUGUCUGAGCGGGGUGUUUUGGAAGGGGCGGUGGCAAACGCCCUGUCCGCCGCCAUGGCCCGACAUCGGAAUGUCAGAGGCUAUAACUACGAUGAAGAUUUUGAAGAUGAUGAUUAUUAUGGCCAGUCUGUGGAGGAUGAUUACUGUAUUUCUCCAUCAACAGCUGCUCAGUUUAUUUACUCACGACGUGACAAACCUUCAAUUGUCGAGCCUGUAGAAGAAUAUGAUUCUGAAGAACUGAAGCAAUCUUCCAACUCUCUUUCAAAGCAGCAGCUAAGUGGAAUUGAUCAAGCUCGUCUUUAUUCAUGCCUUGAUCACAUGAGAGAGGUACUUGGAGAUGCUGUGCCGGAUGAAAUACUCAUAGAAGCAAUUCUGAAGAACAAGUUUGAUGUGCAGAAGGCUUUGGCAGUGGUUCUGGAACAAGAUAACCUGCCGAGUUUGAAGGACAAGAGUGAGAGAGUAGUAACUACGGGAAAGACAGCAAAAGGAGUCUUAUUUUCUUCCUCUGAAGUUUCAGCUGAUAAUGGUCAAAAUUCUUACUCUCAAUCAGGAAACCAUUUGAAUUGCAGUAGCAAACCCUUUGAUUUUCCUAGUUCUGUAGCCAAACACGGAUUAUAUCAUAAACCUUCAGUUGUACCAAGUCACUAUUUACCCCAUAGAAAAAAGAAACUUGACAGGCCUCAAAGUGAAAAGAAACUAGAAUCAUGUAAGUUAACAAAAGAGCUUUCAGUAGCUGACCUAAUUCAUGAUAUACCAACAGAUUCUUAUAAAAGUCCGCCAUCAGUCAGAUUAUCAUCCACAGAUAGUUUGGAAAAUCUGCUUUCAAAAAAUCCAGAUACUGAUUUGUUGAGACAUCAUGUAUCCGAAUGUGUUUCCAAAGAUGAUUCUGCAUUCAAAGGAGUACCAGACUUACAGUCCUUAAUGAUAAAGAGUACACCACCUGAUAAUUCUGUAUUCAUUCAAAAUAACUUACUACCUGAUUUGCAAAACAUUCCAGUACAAAGCAAUUUAGUAAGUUUAAAUAAUCAUUUGCACUUAACUAGCUCAUUGGAAAAUAUGACUCUUGAUAAUUUAAAUGCUAGUAAAGAGACUGAAGUUGCAAGUGUUUCUUUAGUUGGGCCAGGUGACAAGAAUCACAUCUUAAAAGAGGACAAUUCACAGUUGCCCCAGCGAGAAAGUCCAUCCCUAGCUGAACUGUUUCAGGAGAACAAAGGAAACAAUCCAAGUCACUGUUUUACUUUAUCUGAUCUCUGUAACCAGCAGUCAUCUUCCAGUUUCACAGAUCUAAGUUUGGGAUCCUUUCCCCUGUCACAGCUGGCAAAUCGCUGUCAGUCUUCAACUGGAAUAUCAGAAUUAACAGGAUCUCUCUCAUCUUUGGCAUUUCAUAAAUCUUCUCCCACAAGAGACCUCGAGAAUUUGUCACUUUCUGAUUUGAUUGCAGAAACAAUUGCUGUAGACAACUCUCAAAUUAAGAAAGAUUCUUUGGAGCUCAAUUCAUCUGAAAUGAAGUCUCCUGGGAUAGAUUCAAAUAUUGAUCUUAGUGUCCUCAUAAAAACAUCAGAUGUUGUUCCAAAGCCUAUAGUAGAUGAAUUGGUUGCUCCAACAGCAGGAGCUAAAGUUCUAAGUUCAAAGUUAGGAAAAACUUCCAGUUCUGUUAAAGAUAAUAAGAAAAACAAAAAAGGCUCUCUGACUAGAAAAAUACCCUUUUCUCUCUCUUGGACCAAGGCCCUUGCUGCUAGACCUUCAGCUUUUGCUUCAACACUGUGUCUUCGUUACCCACUGAAAGGCCGCAAGCAACGCACCCUUGACCUCUAUAAGACUUUUCUUUAUAGUAGACAAGUCCAAGACGUAAAGGACAAAGAAAUGAGUCCUCUUGUAGCAAUAACACCAUUUGACUUCAAAUCAGCUUCUCCUGAUGACAUUGUAAAAGCUAAUCAAAAGAAAGCAUUUACUAGAGAAUAGUAACAAGGAAAACUUGAUUACUGUUGUAGAGCUUUUUAUUUAAAAUUAAUUUAGUCUUUAUAGGAUCACUUCAUAAUAUGGGAUUCAGGUUGUGAAUUUUAUAUUAAAAUUGUCUGUCAGUAGAUAAUAUGUUUUUGCACUGAAAUUUUUGUUUUUUACUCUCUUUUAGUGAUAACUGGCUCCAAGUUGAUAGCCUAUAAUGAGUGUAUGUUUACAAAGGGCAUAUGAAAACUUGAUAUUGUGAAAUCAGACCUCAGAUAUAUUUGACAUUCAGCUUUAUAAGUUUUACAAUGAGAUACUUUCUUUUAUAAAAUAUUUUUGUGCUUUAUUCUUAAAAAAAAUGCCAACACGAGAUUAUUCUAGUUUAGUGUAAGGAUUAUUCUUCUGUGUGGCAUAACAUAGCUGAGAUAACAUAUUUUAAAUAUUAUUGAUAUCAUUCCUAGUUUCAUUAUUUUUCUGUAGGUGAAUACUAAAAUUUUUCUAGUAGAAAAUCUUUAGAUUCCUGACUUUUAAGAAUACCAUGGAAGUUGUUGAAAUACAUUUUGAUGAUAAUAAAAUGAAAAUCUUUUAAGGGACCAUGUAAAUAUUGAAGUUGGAUUAAUUCAGAAAUUAUUUUUAUACAUUUUCAGCACUGUUUAUCCUAAAUGUACACUUUAAAAUAAAGAUAUAGAAAGUGUUUUCCAGUAUGGUUGCAUGUUGUUUGAAAGAUAAUUUUACCAAAUCUCUUUAAGCUUCUUUUUUACAUUAAGUAAUGAAAAGUGAAGUUCUCCUGUUUGCUACUGAAAGUUUUGUGCCUUGUAAUGGUAAAGUUUCAGCAACAGCCAAUCAAAUAAGGGCUCAUCUGGUCAGAAUAAGAGUCUCAUUCAUUUCUUAGACCUAGAGCACUGGUUCUCAACUAGCAUUCAGAAAUCACUGAGGGUGGCAGGAGGUGAAUGUUUUUAAAACACAGGUGCUGUGGCGUUACUCUAGGCAGUCCCUGUGAGAUGUCACCUGGGAGUGUAUGUGUUCAAAAUGAUCACCAGGUAAUGCUGAUGUGUAAUUAAGCUUGAGAACCACUGCCUUAGAGAAGGUAGUCAGUUUAAUGAAAUUACUAAUACUAAGGAUAAUACUAAUACUAAUAACAUAGGAUCAAUUUGAUUAAUAAUUUCUAGAAAUUAGGAAUACCAAAGAAAGUUGCCAGUUAAGAAUUAUGACCUUUUGCAUAAAAUAAUGCAUACAGUUAAUAUUUCUUGCCAAAAAUAGUAAUAUUGUAGUGAAAGUAAAAUAGCCUUUUCCCAGUGAAGAAAUAUUUUUCUCUGGCAGUCAUUUCACUAUAUGUUUCAUCAGUUUUUUUGUAUUCCUUCUUGUUUUGCUUAUUUUUCAGAAUGAUAUUCCAGUAAUUUUAGUUCUGUGUGAUGUUUUUAUAUUUAGUAUUCUGAUGGGAAAAGUUAAGGUGGCAUAGUAUAUCUUCAUUAUUCUUGACCAAACACUUCUUGAUUUCUUGUGAUGUCUUCAGAUUUUGUUUUUAAUUGCUAUUUCCAAGCACAUAAUACUGAUGUUAAAGAGACCAUAAAAAUAACAAGCUGUAUUUUAUGAUCGAUUUUAAAAUUUGAAUUGCCCCAACUGCUGAGUUUGUUUUUCUAGUCUUGAACCUUGAUCAGACAUUUUGGUAAUUUGGAGCUAUUAGUAUAUGACUCAUCAACUAGAUUUAUGUAUGUGCAGUCUCUAAUUUAGAAGUGGAUUGUAUUCUAAGAGUUUGUAACUGACAAUAAUUCCUGGUGGAUUAAGUGCCACAUAAGUGGUCCACUUUGCACAUGAAUCCACAAUACUUAUUUAACCCAUAUUGAAGUUGAAUAGUGGUAUUAUUUUACCUUCUUGUGUAACAAACUCAUUUUCAAGUGGAAACAUAGUAUUUUUUAAGCCAUGUAGCCGACCUGGUAGAGUGAGCUGGGUCUCCCUUUAAUGGCUGAUUAUGAUUGUAAGUACCAUUUAUGAGAUGUCUUUCUGUGGGGAAAAAAUUCUAUAUUACAGGGUGGUAAGGGAAAGCAACAGUAUUUUAGAUAGGAGCAAGUGUUUGGUGUGGUGGUUAAGAUUCUGCUUGGGACCUCUGCAUCCCAUCUUGGAAUGCCUAGGUUGAAGUCUUGGCUCUGCUUCCACUUAGCUUUCUGUUAAGGUGCAUUCUGGGAGAUGGUUCAGAUAGUUCUUGCUACUCAUGUGGGAGACCUGUGUAAAUUCCCAGCUCCCUGAGACAGCUCAGUUCUGGUAGAUAAGAGCAUUUGUGGUGUGAACUAGCAGGGGGGAGAGAUAUCUCUGUCCGUCUCUUCUCCUCUGUUUUUCAAAUAAAUAAUAAAAAUUUUUAAAAAAUUUUAAAUAAGUUUCCAGUGUCCCU